AUGAACUUUCAAGGUGUCGAAGAUGAAGAAUUGCGGUCUGGUAUAUCAGACGACAAUCAAAGUGGAAUAUCAGGGAUGGGAGGAAUGACCAUUCAUAAGGAGAACAGCAUUACAGAGGAGGAUUUAGAGGAAGAGUUUGUUCAGAUGGAUAAAGAGGAAUUCUACAAGAAGCAUGGAAUUUCCGAGCUGGAUGAUGAAAAUUACAGGGAAGUUUAUUGUCAUUGGGAUAACUGCUUCCUUAGGUUUCGAGAGUUGGAUGAUCUGGUACAGCAUAUAACGAAGGAACAUGCAACGUCGAAGAAGGACAAUGGAGCCUCUGAAUAUUUAUGCAAGUGGGUGAACUGUCCACGCAGAGGCAGCCCUCAGCACAGUCGGUUUGCACUUAUAUCGCAUAUACGGACUCAUACAGGGGAGAAGCCAUUCUAUUGCCUAGUACCCGAGUGUCUUAAGUCGUUUACACGAUCAGAUGCGUUGUUAAAACACUUGAAAACGGUCCAUGAUAUCAAAUCGAACAACCUAGUGGAUGCGUAUGAACUACAGAAUCGAGAAAAUGCGAAAAGUAUGACGGAGCUUGAUCAGGAAUCGAAUUUUAAGGCUUCAAAUGAAGCAGAUCCGCAGAAGAUACUGAACAAACUACACGAUAGGAUGAAAUUGGAACGUGAAUUGGAUCAGGGAUAUGAUGAGUUGAUCGACGACUAUUGUAUGAGUGCCCGGAAAGGCGAAGUGGAUAGCUUCUUGCAAGGACCAGUGGCAGAUUUGUUCGAUCUAAGGGGUAUAAAGUUCAAUCCAGCAUUAAAGGACAAUGUCUACAAGGAUACGAGGCUUGCAUUAUCGAAUUACAACUUGAAAAAGAAGGCCUUGGAGGAAAAACAGUCUGGGCAAGGAGGCGUUGUUUCAGUGAGGGAAGUAACAGACGAUACCAUAAACAAUAAGUGGGACGCAAAAACAUUGGAAAAGAACUUUGAUAUCCUACAGGAAUACUACAACAAGUUGACCAAACUCAAGAGCGUGCUAGAUAGUGAGCUUGGCCAUUCGACAGAACUGGCUCGAUAUUGGUGGAUGAAAAAAGAGACAGCAUUUGACGCUGUGAUGAAACAAGAUGGAAUAAAUGAAUAA